GAGCUGAACAAUACUGAACUUCCUGAAUCAUCAUUUGAAAAUCUUGCUUCAGCCUCUCAUCUUCCAACUAUUGUUAUUAUUCUUUUCUUCAAUUCCAGAUUCCAGCUUUACUCAUUCACAACACUCUUUAGGGCCCCAAAACCCAUUUACUCACUCUUCAUUGCAUUGUCUUCAACAGGCAAUGUAAACAUGAGUGUUUGCUUUUCUACUAGUCAAUCUUCAAUAAAUGCUGUUGUCCUGAAAGGUCGUUCUCCACUGCUGAUGAGCAGUAACAUUCAUGGACUUUGGUCCCGCGGAAUAUCCUCUUCACUUCCUUCUAGUUCAUUUCCUGGGGAGUCAGAGAUAAAUCAUGAUUUUUCUGUUUGCACAAAAUUGUCUUGUUCAACGGUUAUGGGCCAAACAAUUAGAGGAGGCUUCCUUCGAUCAUGCUGCUCCAAGCAAAGGGGAAAUACUCGAUUCUUUAGUUCUGUAGUACCUCGGAAGAGGUAUCAUGAAAUUUCACUGGCAUGCCAAAGUAUGAAUAUGAGGCUUUUGUUACCCAAACAAAAAUUGCUGCACAAAGUUAAGUGUAAUUUUGGUCCAGUAAGUCGGCUGCGGGGAUGUGCUUCAGUUGGCUUGAUUUUUGGGUUACUUGUAUGUAGUUCUAGUAGUGAGCCUGCUCAUGCCGAAUCACAUUCUGAAAAUGAAAAUAGGAAAGAUGACUGCAACGACUAUGAGUCAAAUGUUAAAUUCUCACAUGGGAAGAAAGUUUAUAGUGACUAUUCUGUAAUUGGAAUACCAGGGGAUGGAAGGUGUUUAUUCCGCUCUGUUGCUCGAGGGGCCUGUUUGAGGUCUGGAAAGCCUCCUCCUAGUGAAAGCAUCCAAAGGGAGCUGGCGGAUGAUUUACGAGCCAGAGUUGCUGAUGAGUUUGUCAAAAGAAGGGAAGAAACUGAAUGGUUUAUUGAAGGUGAUUUUGAUACAUAUAUUUCACACAUAAGGAAGCCUCACGUGUGGGGAGGUGAACCAGAAUUGUUCAUUGCAUCACAUGUUUUGCAGAUGCCUAUCACUGUAUACAUGUAUGAUAAGGAGGCUGGUGGCUUGAUAUCAAUUGCCGAGUAUGGCCAAGAAUACGGCAAAGAAAACCCAAUUAGAGUUCUCUACCACGGGUUUGGUCAUUAUGAUGCCCUUGAUAUCCCUACAAGGAAGGGUCCUAAGCCACGUCUGUAGCAUUUCAUAUUCAAAAAGUGACAGAUUAAAGCCUGUAUUGGUUUCCUUUAGUAACAUUUACUAAGGUCAUUCAUAGGUUCAGUUUCCCAAAAACCUUAUGCCUUUCAGAUCUUGAAGGCCACAGGUUCCAUGGCCAAAGUGAACAAUGAGUCCCUCUUGACUUCAGGGGACCUUAACCUUAAAGGUUCAAAGUUCAAACUAUCUACUAACUUUUGUGAACCCUUUCUGUGAAAGGUAAAUAAUGGUAUCCCCUUAAGUCUGAGUUCACCACCAUUGCUUCCAUUGAGAAAAUAUAUGCAAUGUCUGAUAAAGCUGGAAGUUGGUGCAAUUAUUGAGAUGUUAUGGAUUCCAUGUAUGUGGUGUAAGUUAUGUUCAGGGAUCUAAUGUUUAAUUUUUACAUAACUAAACUUCUUUGUUUACCUUUUCA